UAAAAAGGGUGGGGCGGUUAGUCUGUUGUUUUAGGGUAGGAUUACUGUAACUUUCAAAUGUCCAUUGGGGAAGUGGAGUGAGGGAGAUGCACCAACUGUGACUUGAAGGCUGAAAACCAAGAUCAGUGGGGCCAUAAUGCACUAAAUACCAAUGCUUAAGAUAGAAUUUUCUUGGAGGGGGGAAGACUUGCGCUGAGUCGUCGGACGGCCCAUCCAGAAGAAGCCAAUCUUUGAAUGCGUUUCGAUUUAUCUGUGAUCGGUUUUAUCGCUGACUUCUCCCUGCACGAGGCUCUCCACGCCAGAUGGAUAGAGAGGACUUAGAGGAGCGAAUUGGAUGGCCGCUCGGGCUCGAGAUCAUGAACUUGAGACUCAGACUGUUUGAGAGCUUACAAUCUGCAACCAUCGAUCCCCAGUCUUUUCGCGCGCCCUCGACCCGCUUGUCCUCAAUUUCAUCCUCUGGCCUAGACACAGAGACCGAUCAGUCGUCGGCGUCCUUCUUCCAAGACAGCAGCGUGUCGCUCGGUCGCCUGAUCGGGAUCAGACCUGGCAACAGCGGGCGCUUAUACUUCCCAGCUCGAGUUCGAUUCGGCAUGAAGAACCGGAUACGAGACUUGUAAGGGGAUCUCACUCAGAGAAAACUGAAGGGCGCCAAGCUGAUGCAGCCCAAGGAAUCUGCGUUCCAUUGCUACUUAGCAUCCUUGUAAGAAUGAGCCCAAGUAAGAGCAAACCAAAAUGAUUGUUUCGUGUGUUCGUGAUGUUGUCAAACUACAUUUGAACGCGAUUGGAUCCAUCGCAGAUGGUAUGCACAAAAGAAAUAUGCCUUUUUCGUUGC